UAAAAAGAAGUGGCAUUUUUUUACAAAGCUAUUUUUCGUAAACAAAAUCAAUAAUUUUUCUUAAUUUUGCAACAAAAAAAUGUUUUAAAUAAUAAUAAAAAGUUAUAAUUAAAUCUAAAAGUAUGGAAAUAAAUAAAAGUUUGCCAAGCUACAAUAAAAAUACAAUUUGCCGUAUAUGCAUGCAGGAUGAUGCCAAUUUAUUUCCCAUAUUUAAUGAAAUAUUCUUUGGCGACGACACCAUCACUAUAGCUAAGAUUAUUACAGAGUGUACAAAAUAUCCAGUGGCUCACAAUGAUCAGCUACCAGCACAAAUAUGCAAUGCCUGCAUGGAAGCAGCCCGCAACGCCCAUCAAUUUAAAAGACAAACAGAAGAGGCUUACUGCCAUCUAAAGGCGUUGUAUGAUAUAACAUGGGUUCCCAAACAGGAGAAGGGUAGCGGUAGUAGUAGAAGUGGUGCAGCAGCUGUGAGGGUGAGUGCCCUCACCACAGACAAGUAUACACAAACCGAAAAAAGCUCUGUGUUUCAGUGUGAGAUUUGCCCGAAAAAGUUUUUUGUCGAAACUGAAUUAAGGCAACAUCGUGCCACUAGCCACAUAAAUGAUGGCAAAAAAUGUCGUGUAUGUGGUGAAACAUUUAAUCAUUUGGGCCAGUUGAAGGUCCAUUUGUCCACUGAACAUCCCAGUGAAGGUAUACGAUGCGAUUUCAAGUGUAAUGUAUGCUCAAGAGAAUUUACCCGUAAGGACCAUUUGAAAAGACAUUUAAUACGGGUACACAAGAUCAAGGAUGACAAAUUGAAUAUUUCUAAAGUAUCGCUUGAUGAACCUGAAAUUGAAAAUCCUCCAGCUUGUUUAAAUAACUACAGCAGUCAUUGGCCGGAUUACCAAGAGGAUGAUGACAACGAACCCAUAGCCAAUAAUGAAACUAUGGCCGCUACAAAUCCUUUCUCUAGUGAAGACGAAGGACUGGAUCAUCAUAAUUUCAAUGAUAUGGACGAAGAAGAUGUUAAACAAUUUGUCGAGACUAUAGCCCAUCCAGAAAUAUCCAUAAAAGUUGAAAACCCCGACUUCAGUUACAAUCUUUCAAGCGAUAAAAAUGAAAAACUAAAUAAAUCCACUAAUAGUUCAUUUGAGGCAAUAAAAUCACAAGAGUUUGAUUUAAAACCGGAAAAAUCCGAGGAUAAUAUAGAAAUAAAAGAAAAUAUUGAGGACGAUGAAGAAGAGGGCGGGGGAGAUAAUCUUAACAAUUCAUUUCAUGAGCAUCAUAGCAUCAAUACAAGUGAGGAGGAUGAUUCAGAUGAGGUUUAUCAAGAUGACAGUGAAGAUGAGGAUGGUGAUGGUGACAAUUUCGAACCGAGUAAAAAGACCAACAAGUCUGACGUGUUGACUUCAAUUAAAGAAGAGCAGCAAACUAUGGUACAAACUGAAAAUCCUACAAGUUCCACCGCCAACAUCAAAACUAAAAUUAAAGCCUCAACGAAACCACCAAGACGACGUCAUGGUUCCUCUAAAAACGAAGAUAAUCGUUGUAAAGAAUGUAAUCGCACGUUUACCCGCUACAAUCAUCUACUGCGCCAUAUGCUGACCCACAGUGAUGAAAAGCCCCAUGUGUGUAAUUUUUGUGGCAAAGGCUUUUCACGUUCGGAUCAUUUGCAAAAGCAUAUACAGAGUAUACAUUGUGAAAAGAACUACAAAUGUGAUCAGUGUUCUAGUGCUUAUGGUCGCAAAGAUCAUUUGCAACGACACAUAGAGACGAGACACAAUAAAGACCCCACCGUCCAAAAGCCCCAAUUCGAUUGUGAUAUGUGUGAGAAAAAGUUUACCACCAAGGCCUAUUUGGCAAAACACAAAUUGUUGCAUACAGAUCGCCUGUAUGCUUGCAAACAUUGUUCGGAAACGUUCCCCGAAAAAGAACAAAUGAAAGAACAUCAAAAGAAAAAACAUGCGCAGCCCCGCAACUUUCUGUGCAAUAUUUGCGGAGAUUCCUUUCAACGCAAUGAAUAUCUUAAAAUUCAUAUGCGUCGUCAUACGGGUGAGAAGCCCUACAAAUGCCGAUUUUGUGAAAAAGGUUUUCCACGUAGCACAGAUUUGAAAAUGCAUGAAAGAUAUCAUAUUGGACAUAAACCAAAUCUAUGUAAUUUAUGCGGCAAAGGUUUUCAUCGUCCCUACAAUCUUACUAUACACAUGCGCACCCAUACGGGAGAGAAACCCUAUAAAUGCAAUCAAUGCCCACAAGCGUUUGCUCAAAGUAAUGACUUGAAAGCUCAUAUACGACGCCAUACGGGAGAACGUUUUCGUUGUGAUAUGUGCAGUGCCGCUUUUUUGCAACGUUAUGGUUUAAACGCUCACUUAAGGACGGUGCAUGGUAUUAUAGUUACUUCAUUUACCGGACGUUUGCGUAAAACUGAUCAGCCUGUUGAGGGUGCAGAGCAACUUGAUCCACAACCACCAACGGCUGACCUAACACCACUGCAAACAGCCCCUGCACAAGAGCAGACGCAAACCUCGCUGCCUUCGCCUCACAUAGAUAGUAAUGUAACACCUCCGCCUUUGUAUUUAGGUCAUCAUUUCAUAAAUCCAAUACUACCAGUUGUUGUUGCCACCAACACCACCAAUACACCAACAUCCCCCAUUGAUAUUUCAUCUUCAAGUGCUUCGUUGCCUCUACCCUUAGCACAUCCCUCAACGCAACAAAUGUAAAGUUAAUUUAACUAUUUUGUUUGUUUUUAUUAUUAUGAUUAUUAUUCAAAGUAAUCCUUAGGAUUUAGUAUAUUAUUUUUUUUUAUUUAAAAUAAAAAAUUUACUCAAUAAAAAAAAAACAUAAAACUAAAUAAUUGUAAACUAUUUAAAAUAAAA